AACGGUAUAUAAAGCAAAGCGACGCGUUCAUCCGGUCUCAUUCUUCUGCAGUUCCUCAAAGGCGAGUCUAGUAUCCGGGGUAUUGAUUGAUUGAACGCGCGAGACGACUGGACUCUGGAGCGGAUCUGGAGAAGUGUGUCCAAGGAAUGUGGUGUGACUCUGGAACACCGUGUCAAAGGAACAUGUGCAGUGAAGUUGAUUUGAAAGGUUGUUUUAGAUCCUGGCACGAGCGAUGAAGAUGCCAUCAGCUGAGCACGCAUGAGUUCUGCAGGGGUGCAAGCAUCUCUGAAUGAGUUCUACAGGGGUGGAAGUGUUUACUUUAAUUCUGGCUGUGGAAAGAUCAGCAGCUGUCUGAAUGUUCUUCAGGGACUGAUCGGCAUGAUGUGCUGAUGGGAGUCACUGCAUGUGCUCAUUGACAGGUGCGGUGGUGACUGCUCCUUCAUGCUGUGUGAAUAUGAAUGCGGCAUGCACUUGUAAAGGAAGCACAAUAUCCAGGACGGCUCUGGAAAAACCAGAUUGUAUAAGGUGUGUUGCCUGCAUCCGACUCUUCUGAACUAUAUUCCAGAGCUUCGGUUCUUGUAUUGUUUUCUGAUUUGAAGUCACUUGUCUCUUUGCAGCAAUUAAGUGACAUUUAAAUGCCGUCAUCUACAUUUGUUAUAACUAGGCCAAGUUUGUAAAGUGUCCUUACUUCAAUAAAGUUGUAAAAUCAAAGGUCUUUCAAGUUUAUAAGGUUGUUGAUGUGUGAUUGUUUGGUUAAUCUCUUAUCAGUGUUGACCAAUUAACAGGCCUUUCAGGCAUUUGGUAGUAUGCAAUAUGACUAGUGUCUUUAUACUUUGAGUACUUGUACAGAGCAUUUACACUUGGAUAUUUGCCUGAUUUUGAAAGAUUUACACAUAGCUAACAUCUGGUCUAUAGAAGUGAUGUCUGAUGGUAAUUCUAAUCCAGGGGUCUCCAACCCUGCUCCUGGAGAGCUACUGUCCUGCAUAUUUCAGCUCCAACCCCAAUCAGACACCUGAACCAGCUAAUCAAUGUGUUCAGGGAUACUUGAUAAUUACAGACAGGUGGGUUGGAACUGAAGUCUGCAGGGUGGGAGAUCCCUGUUCUAAUCAAACAUACAUCAAGUUCUCAAACUGCGAUUGGUCAAUGAGCUGUUACCACGUGACAACAUCAGCGCUGCAGUACUUCAGCAUUUAGCUGAAGUUAAAUAUGAACAACGACACGGAUGAUUUUUUUUUUUUAAAACGUAUCAUUUUAGUAGUUCUGGUUUUUAAUAACCAUUCAUUUGCUGGAAAAAAAUUGCAGAUCCAUUUUUACUGCGCUAAGCCCCGCCCAUUUUCUACCCCGUUUCAUUCUAUUCCAAAGACGACUGUGACGUCGGGUGGCAGUUCUGAACAUUUAGCGCUGGAGCGGCCUGCAGUCAAUGAGACUCGGCUGUACAUAUGAAUGGACGCUACAAUUAUUAUAUCUAAUAGCUCAAUGUUACUGUCUUUGCGAGAUCUAUGUUUCCGGCGGCACAGAUGUUUUCAAUCGUAAUCUUGCUCUCAUUCCUGGCUGUUUCGGCUAAUGCGGAUUUUUUUCAGUUCGACAGCAUUUCAAAUGUUUCUACCUAUUAUUUCAAUUACAUCUAUUGCAAUAUUUGGGAAGGAGACUGUCAACCACACCAGGAUGAUGCGACCCAACAAGUGCCUACUGGGGACAUUUGGCCAGGGUUUCCCCAGUACUACACUGGCAUGCUGACUGCUUGGUACUGCAGCCUGGGUCAGUGCUGUGAUUCAGGAGACUGUAGGAUUACAAAUAAUAUCACAGGAUUGGAAAGAGAUCUACAGAUGAAGCUCCAUGGGCAGCACCUGGCCCAGUCUGUGGUUCUGAAAGCCAUUCAAGGUUUCAUCAAAAACCCUGAGUCCAACAAACCACUGACUCUGUCCUUUCAUGGCUGGUCUGGAACAGGCAAGAACUUUGUUGCCAGGAUAGUAGCGGACAACCUGUACCGGGAUGGUAUAAAGAGUGAAUGUGUGCGUUUGUUCAUUGCCCCUUUCCACUUCGCUCACGAGAGAUUGGUGGAUGUGUACAAGGGCCAGCUAAGAGAAGCCAUUCGAGACAUGGUUCUGCGAUGCCCACAGACUCUCUUUAUCUUUGAUGAGGCAGAAAAACUUCAUCCAGGACUCAUCGACGCCAUAAAACCCUAUAUGGACCACUAUGAUAAUGUGGAUGGGGUCAGCUAUAGGAGAGCCAUAUUUCUGUUCUUAAGCAAUAUCGGUGGCGGUGCCAUCAAUGAGGUUGCACUGGAUUUCUGGCACUCAGGACAGAAUAGGGAAGAUAUCGGCAUGGAAGACUUAGAACAUCUUCUGCGUGCUGAAGCCAUGGAGGCAGAAGGCAAGAGGCAGAUUCUUUUAAAUCUAAUUACUAAAUGUUUGACAAAUGUCUCAGAGAUGUUGUAAUUUAAAUUCAUAUAU